UCAUUGAGCACCAACACGAACCCAGCUUCUCUUUCUGGCCCGUGUUUGAAUAUUAAGUCUCAUGUCACAUUCAAACCUACAGAAAGCUCUGUUUUGUGUACCAACCUUCUGGAUUUUCCUGAUCAUUAAAUAGCUUUGGUUGUUUUAGGCUAGAGCUUUACUAAUCAAGACGCAGAUCAUGACAGCGGUCACAACGACGGCGGAGCAACACUGAACUAGUCGGUGUGUUUAGUGCUGCUGAGUUUUGAUAUCGCCAGAGUUCAGCACGGAAAGCUGGAGAUCGGGGACGUUUUAGCUCUGAAAUGCUAUCAGAAUGGAGAUUUUUAUUGCUCAGUGUGAACAGUGCUGCAUUACUUCUGUAGAAACCCAGCUGCUUCAUGUCAUUUGGCUGAUGGCUGUGCUUCAUUUACACCCUCAUGCACUGGAAUAUAAAUGAAAUUCACUGGACUGUAGUUAUGGAUCCCAAUCCUGAGGAAUCACUCCGAGUUGAUCUUCUCUCAGACCUGCUCUGAGAAUUCAAACCUUUUUCUUCACUCGGUUUUCAUUUCAAAGGGAUUUUGUUCUGAUGCAGGAAAAAUGGUUGAACAUCAGUGUCUGCCGUUCAGGUUUUUUAAUCAGCCGUGAAGAUUCAGACCAGUCGAUAUAAUCCAGAGGAGCAACGAGGAAGACCAGGAACACGACCAAUCUAUGAUUAUCACUCCUUCCAUGUUUUUCACUUGCUGUUCUUCCAAGAAAAUAACAACCAUAAAAUGGAUUUUUUUGUGUGAUUUUUACAACACAGGUUAAAAACAGGAAACUGCAAAAAAAAAAAAAGAGAGAAACAUUAUGUUAGAGAAAAUCUUCACUUUAACGCACCUGUGAAAAUCUUCACUUUAACGCACCUGUCUUCCACAUGAUUUCCAUCUUCUGCACCUCAAGAUAAUUUCAUUCUUCGAUUGAAGUGAAGCUGAUGAGGCCGAAUGGUUUAGCUUCUGUUCACCAGCACAUUUCUACCUUUACUCAACCAAGGUUUGAUUCAUUUCAGCUUGAACUUGCACUAUCCUUGGUGACUUCGAGGCUUCAUCCUAAAUUGCCAAAACAAAGAAGCUAAACUAAAGAACAUUUUUAUCCAGUGGACUUCAUGCCUGAUGAAACAUUGUUUGGUUUCACUCACGUGCACAACUGGUUGUAUUUUUACCUCCAACGACAAAGUCUACGUUCAGAUUAAAGUAUUUCAAAAGAAGUCGGAUGUGACAAUCAGGAACUUUCUCCACUCUGCUUCCCCGCUUUACAUUUAUUUAUUUAUUUUUAACAUUUCCGUUAUUAUUUCAGGUUAUUGUUUGGUUCAGUUUUUUCAGCCUGGAUUGUUGUGUACUGUUUGCUUUCAAACCUCAAGACAUUUCAGUUCAUUUCAGUUCGAAAAAAUUCCUGUUAAAUAAAUGUAAUCUUUUUCUUUUUUUCCUUUCUUUUUUUUUGUUUUGGAUUUUUUUUGGCCCAUGUUGAAUAUUCAUCAAUGUUCAGUGAUGUUUUUGUUUACUUUGGUGAUUUUGUCUGAAAUGGACAAGCACCACCGUUAAGCUGAAAAUAGAACUGUGGUGGAAGUGAGGAGGUCCAAAGAUUUCAGAAUCAUCUCCACAAUCAGGAAAUAAGAAGCUCUUCUGGAACCACAUGGUGAACCGGCCUGGAGAAGGUCGCAAUCAACACCACCAACAAAAAUCAACACAAAGAAUGAUUGACAUCAGAUAUCUCCUAAUCUGGAAACAAGCUUAAACCAAACCGAGCCUCGUUUUUUUUGUUUUUGUUUUUUUCUUUGUUUUUUGUUGCCUGUAAUGGCAGAGCACGGUGAGCUGCUAUCUGAGAUGACUAGUGUAGGCCGCCUCUCUGCUACAGACCGACUGAAGCAUGCGCAGAAGAGACGGGUACAGCAGCUCAAAGGCUGGGCGCAGAUGGAGAAGGAGACUGCACGCAUGGGGAAGAACAGCGUUGCAUGGAGGAAAAGUGACGCUGACAAGAAGGGCAAGAAAAAUGGUGGGAAGAAGGUGAGGUUUCCCAGCAACAUCACACUGCUGGAGGCUGCUGCCAGGAACGACCUCGAUGAAGUGAGGGAGCUGCUGAAGAGUGGAGUUAGCCCAGACCUCUAUAAUGAAGACGGACUCACAGCCUUACACCAGUGCUGCAUUGAUGACUUUGUGGAUGUGGUGCGCUGUCUGCUGGAGUCCGGCGCGAAUGUCAACGCUUGCGACAGCGAACUCUGGACUCCGCUACACGCUGCUGCCACCUGUGGACACACUGGCCUCGUCCAGAUCCUCGUCCAAGGUGGAGCUGAUCUGCUGGCAGUAAAUGCAGACGGGAACAUGCCGUAUGACCUGUGUGAGGAUGAAGCCACACUCGAGCUCAUUGAGGUGGUGAUGGCUGAACAGGGCAUCACUCAGGAGCAGAUAGACGAGUGUCGUGCUGCCAAGGAGAGAGCCAUGCUGAAUGAUGUCCAAGCACUAAUAGACCGAGGGGACAACCUGAGCGCCAAGGACCAACAGGGGGCCACUUUGCUGCAUGUAGCUGCAGCAAACGGCUACUUGUCAGUGGGAGAGUUGCUGCUGGAGCACAGAGCGUGUGUGGAUGUGACCGAUGCAGACGGAUGGACACCGCUUCAUGCCGCCUCCUGCUGGGGACAGCUGCAAAUGGUUGAGCUGUUGGUGGCUCACGGCGCUGAUCUAAACGCCAAGUCUCUCCUGGAUGAGACUCCUCUAGAUGUGUGUGUGGAUGAGGAGGUGAGGGCAAAGCUGUUGGAGCUAAAACACAAACAUGAGGCCAUCAUGAAGAACCAGGACAAACACAAAGGCUCACUGCAGAGACGAGCAUCCAGCGCCAGCAGCCGAGGUAAGGUGGUGAGGAGAACGAGUGUGAAUGAGCGUAGUAGUUUGUACAGGCGAGAGCACCAUAAGGAGGCCAUGGUAUGGCAGGACAGAGGGAGACAGGACAGACAGACUGAGGAUGAGGACGAAGACAGACAGACGGAUGCCGAGCUCAAACACAUGACGACAGCCUCUAGAGUCCAGGACGCCCAUUCACACUAUCCUGAUAAUGACAGAGGAUUAGAAAAUGGAGACCGCGACUCUAUCAUAGGAAAUGGCAGCACCCUUGUUGCAUCUUCAUCCUCUGUUCCUGGAGAGCUGCGUGGCGGUGGACGCAGGGAGCGCAGCGCUUCCUAUCAGCUAAGUCCGGCGCUGCCGAACGCUGACCCUGGGGACACGGAUACCAUGACGCGGGACAAAUCACAUCAGACGCUAGCUGAGCUGAAACGCCAGAGAGCUGCUGCAAAGCUUCAGAAACGACAGGCUCCUGCCCCGCCGCUACUUUCUCCCACACAGGAAGAGGCGGGGCCUGCCGAACAGGUGACGCAGCCAGUAUACUUCACACCUGCGAGUGGAGAUCCACCUCUACUGAAGCUAAAGGCACCAGAGGAAGAGGAGCCGGCCAAUCACAAAGAGCCGUGCUGUGGACUUAUGUAGAAGGAUAAACACACACGCAUGCACAAUGCUCAGAACAGAAGCAUUGUUAAGAACAGUUCAUUACAAGCUAAGCUGCAGACUCGUACAGGGAGAGCGCACACACACACACACACACACACACAGCUCUACUGGCAAGCACAGAGUGCAGAAUUCCUCAAACGUUUCAGCAAUAAACCGUGCUGUUCUGUUUUUUUUUUUAUUUAACUUUUACAGAAUUUUAUGCGGGCCGUCACUGUAAGGCAAUUUCAUAUCCUGCGCUCGUUAUCAUAACUUCCUGUUGUAUUUUUGUUUACUUCACCACACUUUCCUGUCAGAGAAGAGAGAAGACCGAGCUCCAGCACUUUAUUACUGACAUCUCGACAUUCCAUGAACAUUCCAUGAACAUUCCAUGAACAUUCCAUGAACAUUCCAUGAACACCUGCAUUCGAGUCAAUAGUCUUAUUAAUGAUAUGUCCUAAUGGCUCCCUAGUGCACUUCACAGGGUACAGAAGCCGUUAUUCUUCUUAUAAUACCAUAUACUGUGUAGGGUGUUAAGAGCUAAAUCCAAUAUGGUUCCCUAAUAUACAUAUAGUGCGACGUGUAGGGCGCAGAAUCCAGUGUCGAACCUUACCUUACAAAAGGGAUAGGGAGAGGAAUUCUCAUAUUCUUCCGUAUUGGAUAACUUGUGCACUACAUAGGGUGCAGAGUCUGUUAGUUCAUGCCCUAUCGAGUGCACUUUCAUAUUUUUAGCUGAAUUGUUCAACCAUUGGCAGUUAAAUUAUGAAAGAAAUUCUCUCUUUUCUUAAGAGAUUUAUGUAUAGAGAAGUAUAAAAGAUGAAGAUUGAGGAAUGAAGCUGAAACCUAAAACGUGUAUUUUGAAGACUAGAACAAAUCUAUUGCUCAGGCUUUUACUGCACAAAGAAGCCACCAGGAUGGCGGCAAAUAUUUAAGACGAAUUAGUCGAAAAUAUUUUUGUAGAUAUUAUUUUUAGAUGGCAAAACCUUUUUUAGCUUCAUUUCGUUACCGGUGGAAAGACCAGCGGACUUCCUGGAGUCAGUUUAGGGAGUGAGAACUUUUCCCCCCAGUGUACAAACACAGCUAGUUUCUGUAAGCAGGAUGUUUAGUCAUGUGCUGAUUAUUGCAUUUUCUUAUCAUGUUAUUUAGAAGUGGAAACUCCAGAACUUUAAUUCUGUCAAACACAACCACACCCAUUCAGCGCUCUAGAUCCAGCCCAUUACCCAUGCCCACUCAGCGCUCUAGAUCCAGCCCAUUACCCAUGCCCACUCAGCGCUCUAGAUCCAGCCCAUUACCCAUGCCCACUCAGCGCUCUAGAUCCAGCCCAUUACCCAUGCCCACUCAGUUCUCUAGAUCCAGCCCAUUACCCAUGCCCACUCAGCGCUCUAGAUCCAGCCCAUUACCCAUGCCCACUCAGUGCUCUAGAUCAAGCUCCUUACCCACGCCCACUCAGCUCUCUAGAGUCAGCCCCUUAACCACGCCCACUCAGCUCUCUAGAUCAAGCCCCUUACCCACACCCAGUCAAGGGUCUGGAUCCAGCCCCAAUACAAGCCCACUCAGCUCUCUAGACCCAGCACAUUACCCAUGCCCACUCAGCGCUCUAGAUCAAGCCCCUUACCCUUGCCCACUCAGCUCUCUGGAGCCGGUCCUAUAGACCCACCCUCUUGAAACUAGUCCCUUAGCCUUGUUCACUUGGCUCUCUGAAGCUGGCCCUUUGCUCCCCACUCAGUCAACUUUUCCCACCUUUCAACUCUCUAAACUUAUCCACUUGGCCCCAAAAAUUUUAUCCCCCAGGUUAUAAUUGUGUGUUUUGUGAGAAAUGAAGCCAAUGACCUAAAUUGUGAUUAUAAUUAAAGUUUAUAUCUGUGAUCGGAAUGGUAUAAUCAACCACUUUCUGAUGGCUUGAUGGGGAAUUGUGAUACUCGGCACAUGUAUAAAGAAUCUCCUGAUAUUACACUCUUGUGCAACUUCUAAAGCAAUAAUACACCUGGUUUGGUGAAAGUAUAUUUUGUUAUAAAGUCUGAUUGGAAGACACACACUGACGCUGGUCCUGAAACCGUAAGUCAUUUUAGCCUGCACAGAGCUGUAAAAAGUACAGAUGUAUCUUCCGGAAAAGUAUGUGAAGGAUUCAGGCCAAAAUUAGAUUAUAUGACUUCAUAUGCAUUAGUAAUGUUUCGAAAAAUAUUCCAUGUUGUUGAUGGUGUUAUUGCAGCUGCAGACACGGCUUCCUGUCACAUGAAAACAGUUUUGGAUAAUGAAACAAAUUUGUAUUUUUGUAACACAUUAUUUCUAACAUUAUAUACAUAUUCUAUAUUUUCAUCCAGCUUCUUCUGCUUAUCGUGUUAAUGAUGUAAUAAGGACAUUUUCCUUGUCUUGAAACUAAGAAUAAUCCUGCUUAACAAUCCAAGUUAUUCUCUCAAAAGAGAACUGCUCUUCUGUGCAGGAAGGAUGUUGAUUGGUCAUGAAGGAUUACUGCAUUACUAGCUAAACAAAAAAAUAAAACAAUCAUGCAUUAUGUGAUUGAUUCGAGACGCGUCCAGCACGAACACCGUCAGCAUGAAAACAUGUCGAGAUUUGAUGCUACCUUGUGAUUAAGAAUCCCGGCCCUUCAAUCCGCAUGUGAUUUUAAAAAACAAAAACAAAAAAAAUACGUCGGUGCCUGAUGAUCCUCUCUCAUAGCUACAGCGAGACCAUUAGUCACUCUGUUUUUCUCAAAAUCAUUUCUGCUACAAUCCAUGAAUUUAAAAAAAAAAACCCGGACCUGGAAGAUUAUAUAUCUAUAUAUUUGAAAGAAAAAAAAAUUAUAGCUUUAUUUAUUUAUUUAUUUGAUGAAGCACUGGACCAUAAGAAGGAAGUGCGAGUCUGAACUUUUCUUUUUUUCUUCUUUUUUUAAAAAAAAAAAAAAAAAAACACACACAAGCAGCCUGCUGCCUUUAACUGCUGUGUUUUUUUUAUGUUCUGACUCAAACACAACCUAAAAUCCUAUAUUUUGAUAGGGAGUCGACGUUUUCUGUAUCGCUGUAGAUUUAAAAAAAAAGAAAAGAAAGAAAAGAUUUAUAUAGAAGCUAUUUUCAUGGUGUCUUUUCACGGUUGAAGAUGAUGUACUUUCAUAAUCUUAUUUAAAAAAAACGAGUCUAAACUGACAGUCUCUUCUGUCUGACAUUUUUGUUGCACAAAAAAAGUUCCGUUUAAAUCGAGCUUAAAUAAAAGGACCUAAAACUGUCAAUUUGUUCGUUUCUUUGACUCAGUAUUUAAUUUUCAUGUUAAAGUUCUCACUUUUUAUUGUUAUUUGUGAUUAUUUUUAUUUUUUAUUUUUAUUUUUUUGUAAAAAAAUGAUAGCAGAAUAUUAAGUCCCCUAGAUGCUAAAAAACAACACAUGGAUACAGAUUAGCUUUAUGUUGUAUAACUGACCUUAUGGCACGUGCCUAUUGUAUUCUGUCAAGCCGUUCUGGCAUUCCGUCAUUCAUUCUUUCUUUCUUUCUUUCUUUUUUUUAACGAUUAAAAUUGUCUUUAUUUGACAUAAGAAAUAAGAGUGUGUAAAAAGUUUGUGUGUGUGUGGAAAAGUGCUUCAGUUGUCCUUAAGAAUGAAGUAAAAUGACACCCCUUUGUUUUUGGUUGUUAAAAAAAAAAGCAGCAACAGCACCAGGAUCUCCACAUUGAUGAAGAUUCUAAACAUAUGAAAAAAAAUAAAAAAUAAAAAUUGCUCUAAAAGA